UCAGCCCAGUCCUCCCAGCUGACGACAACCUCCACCAUCUGCUGAGUAUAAGUGAGUGGCUCCUCCAGUACUACUACCCCAGCCAUCAUGGCGUCUUCUCUGUGGGCUGUGGUGCUAGCCGUGGUCUGCGCACAGGUGGCCCGCGCUCAGUUCCCCAGGGCUUGUACCACGGUGGAGGCGCUGCUCAGUAAACGCUGCUGCCCAGCGCUCGGUUCAGACCCGGCCAAUGCCUGCGGCUUCCUGCAGUCCCGCGGCCGCUGCGCGUCUGUAGUCGUGGACGAGCGCCCGUGGAGCGGACCGUAUACCUUACGGAAUGUGGACGACCGGGAGCGCUGGCCUCUCAAGUUCUACAACGCCACGUGCCAGUGCACAGGAAACUUUGCAGGCUACCAUUGUGGAGAAUGUAAAUUUGGCUGGACGGGAACUAACUGUGACCAAAGGAGGCCACCAGUCGUCCGGAAGAAUAUUCACUCUCUAACGCCUCAAGAGAGAGCUCAGUUCUUGGAUGCUCUGGAUCUUGCCAAAACCACCAUUCAUCCGGACUUUGUGAUUGCUACCCAGCAUUGGCUUGGAAUUCUUGGGCCAAAUGGAACCGAACCACAAGUGGUGAACACCAGCAUCUAUAACUACUUUGUCUGGCUCCAUUACUAUUCUGUCAGGGACACAUUACUAGGGCCCGGGCGUCCAUUUAAAGCUAUUGACUUAUCUCAUAAAGGACCUGCCUUCGUCACAUGGCAUCGAUACCACCUGUUGUUGCUAGAGAGGGAUUUGCAGAGGCUUAUUGGUAAUGACUCGUUUGCUUUACCAUACUGGAACUUUGCUACUGGAAGAAAUGAGUGUGACGUGUGUACAGAUGAGUUGUUUGGUGCUCCUAGGCUGGAGGAUUCCACAUUAAUCAGUGUUGGUUCAAGAUUUUCAAACUGGGAAAUUGUGUGUAACAGCCUAGAUGACUACAAUCGUCAGGUUACCUUGUGUAAUGGAACUAAUGAAGGUUUUCUUCAAAGAAGUCCAAUUGACAGGUCUGGUGGGCAACUGCCAUCAAUGGAAGAUGUACAGAAAUGUCUUUCACUACAAAAUUUUGACAAUCCACCUUACUUCUCAAACUCUACAUUUAGUUUCAGGAAUGCACUUGAAGGCUUUGAGGAGCCAGAUGGAGAAUUGGACCCACCUGUAAUGAAUCUACAUAAUUUGGUGCAUGCAUUCUUAAAUGGAACCAGUGCUCUCUCACACUCUGCUGCCAAUGACCCCAUCUUUGUGGUACUUCAUUCCUUCACUGAUGCAAUAUUUGAUGAAUGGAUGAAGCGAUUUCAACCUUCUGAUGUGGUUUGGCCUCAGGAACUGGCCCCGAUCGGACACAAUCGCUUGUUUAACAUGGUACCUUUCUUUCCUCCAAUAACUAAUGACCAACUCUUCAUAUCCGCUGACCAGCUGGGAUAUACAUAUGCUAUUGACUUACCAGCUUCGGAUGCAGACGGCCGUGCAGUCUCCGUGGUGAUUGCGUCAACUGUUGGUGGAGCGCUUAUUGCCUUGCUUGUCGUUUUGGUGUUGCUUGUUCUCUUCACACACAGAAAACAGCGUCAAGGCUUUGAACCGCUCAUGAAUGCAAGAUACAACAGUACCAAGUACACAGAAAAUGCCUAAUGGAGCUGUAGUCCAGACGUGCACUAUAUUACAGAAUCUACCGUUUUUACAGUAUCUGUCUCAUCGGUAAUAUAAGUUGGUGUACGAGGUAAAAAGUGGAAUAAACCCCUCAUACGCUGCUUGGAUAAACACCAAUACUAUAUUGUCUUAGACAUUGCCUGCUAUGAGCAAAUUAUCUUUGAAAGUCCAUUAUAGCAUUAUGGAAAUCACUUCUUGGUAGUGUCUGGUUUAUAUGAGUGCAGUAUAAACCGAAAAGCCAAAAAUCUCUGUUCACUGCCUGUCUACCCACCCAUACUGUAUUGACCUAAAGGAACACAAAUAUACAAACCAGAUUGAAAGCCCUCUUACAAGGGGUAAAGUAUUGGAUGAGAGUUUGUAUAGUCGCUCGUUCCUAACUGCCCCGUGUAAAUGUCGCCAAUCACUAGAACAAACGAGCAAUGCUCAUUCGUCCGGCGAUUGU